AUGGGGCAGAAGCCCUCCGUGUCUGAGAGGACCAAGACAUCCAGCAUAUCGUCAACACAGGAGCGCAGGGAGGCAAUGGAUUCCUUGAAUGGUAUCCGUAACGACGUCAUGGUGAAUUAUCUUUACCAUGAAGCCCUUGUGAGAUCAUAUGUCUCUGCCGCAGACCCAUGGCAGGGAAUUGUGCUCAAGAAGGAGCGGGGGAAGUACUCAUGCUGUCCUCCACAAUUAUCCCUCUUCGAGAACGGCUUACUUGAUAAUGUCAAGAAGAUGAACGUUUGCUGUGCGAUGACAGUGAGUACCCCGGUCACAAGGACGAUCUUGGAAGGCAUGGCGCACAAGAAGCUUGGUUACGUCCCCAUGCCGAACGGCCUGCGCGUGCAGGUAUUGAAGACCAUGUCAGACCUACCACAGUGUCAGGUCCACCAUUUUGCCGCAUUCAUAGAGGAUUUGAUGAUCCUUGUCGUGUGGGACGAUGAUCCAGAACUUCUGCUACAGCGGGCGGAAACCUUGGAAGAAAGUUUCGUCACGAGGAUCUGGGUUGGUGGAGGAGAGAUCACUGAAAAAGGUGAGAGUAAUAACCCAAAAGCACUGGCAGGAAACCGCACCGACGCCGCGGACCCUCGAGUGCUGGAGGAAGGAACGGACGGGCAGGAAAUGCGGCCGGUUAGAAUCGUCAGCUCCAUCAUUAUCGCUCUCACUAUCUGCCUCGCCACCACAUGCAUGGGCUUCGGCUGGAGGCACCUGGCAAUGGAGUGCAAAGUAGACGGGUAUUUUCCUCGACUGGCGCUGGUCGUCCUCGCUCCCGUGCAACUUUUCCUCAGCAUGUUCUUCUUUCAAGCAAUCUGUGGCAAUCUUGUCCAGAUGUUCGGCCCAACCAAACAGGUCAACAGCAACUCAAAGUAUUACUCCGGAAAAGCACCUGAGAAGCGUCUGGAUCGGCGGGACUGUCUACCUCACGUUACCAUACAGAUGCCGGUGUACAAAGAAGGGACGGCCGCUGUCAUCCGACCAACGGUCAUGUCUGUCAAGACUGCCAUCUCGACCUACGAGAUGCAGGGAGGCACCGCCAACAUCUUCGUGAAUGAUGACGGGAUGCAACUUCUGAGCGAGAAGGAGGCCCAGGAGCGCCGGGAAUUCUACGACGAGCACCAGAUCGGGUGGGUGGCGAGGCCCAGACACGACCCUAAAGGCGAGACGCCUUUUGUGCGCCGUGGAAAGUUCAAGAAAGCGUCCAAUAUGAACUACGGAAUGAGCGUGUCCAGGAGGGUAGAAGAAAAGCUGCACCUUGUCGCACGUGACGAGCAUUGGACAGACAAGAAAGAACGCGCCGUGUACGAAGAGGCUCUCCAAGCGGUCCUUGGGGAAGACGAGGGGAGAACGCUGGCAGGAGGCAACAUUCGGAUGGGCGACUACAUCCUUCUGAUUGACUGCGACACACGAGUACCCAGGGACUGCUUUCUAGACGGCGUCAGUGAGAUGGAGCAGUCGCCACAGGUGGCCAUCAUACAAUUCACAUCCGGAGUCUUGAAUGUUACCACCUCGUUCUUUGAAAAGGGUAUCACAUGGUUCACAAACCUCAUCUACACGGCCAUAACCUACGCCGUCUCCACGGGCGAUGUGUGCCCGUUUGUCGGCCACAACGCCCUCAUGCGUUGGUCAGCCAUACAGACCGCAGCCGCAUUCGAAGACGACGACGGGUAUGAGAAGUACUGGUCUGAGUCUCACGUAUCUGAGGAUUUCGAUAUGGCUAUCCGACUGCAGUGUGCAGGCUACGCCAUUCGGUACGCCGCAUACACGGGCGAGGGGUUCAAAGAAGGCGUGUCCUUGACAGUUGAUGACGAGCUCGCGCGGUGGGAAAAGUACGCGUACGGAUGCAACGAGCUGCUCUUCCACCCGUUCAGAUACUGGAUCACAAGGGGGCCAUUCACUCCCCUAUUCAGGAAAUUCAUCUCGGCGUCCCUCAUACCACUUCCGAAGAAGAUCACCAUCUGUUCUUACAUCGGAACAUUUUAUGCCAUCGGGUCUGCAUGGCUGCUCGUGGUGACGAACUACCUCGUGACAGGCUGGGGAGUGGACCUGUACGAGAAGUACUACGCCAACUCGUUCUCCAUCUUCUUCAGCGUCGUCGUGGUCUUCACGGGGCUGGGCAACGUAUCGUUGGCGGUACUGCGGCACAGGCUCAAGAGGGGCCCGCUGAUCAACAACUACCUGGACAAUGUCCAGUGGAUCCCCAUGUUCACCAUCUACCUCGGGGGCGUCUCGCUGCACGUUUCGCACGCGAUCCUGUGCCACUUCUUUGAGAUCGAGGUGAACUGGGGCGCUACGUCCAAGGAGCUCCGGGACGUCAGCUUCACCGAGGAGCUGGCCCACGUCCUGAAGAAGUUCAAGGGCACGUUUCUGUUCUGCCUGGGAAGCACGGCCAUGAUCGUGCUUGGUUACUGGGCCAUCCCGUACCAGUGGCAGAUCAGGGAAUUUGCGUCGAUAUUCCCAUUCGCCAUGUUAGUGGGGUGCCACUUCCUGCUGCCGGUUGUUCUGAACCCGAGCUUGAUACGUCUGAGCUGGUAA